GAUCUGGAGUCUUGUAGAUCAUGCGCUAAUAGCACGUUGCAACAUGGAGGAGCCUAUACGCUGUGCUGCUGUUAGUACGGACGGAAUCCACCUCGCUCUGGGCAUGAAAGACGGAUCCUUCACAGUGCUGAGAGUCAGGGACAUGACGGAGGUGGUCCACAUUAAGGACCGUAAAGAGGCCAUCCAUGAACUGAAGUACUCCCCUGACGGAGCGCACCUAGCCGUGGGCUCUAAUGAUAACUCGGUGGACAUCUACGGCGUUGUGCAGCGAUACAAGAAGGCGGGCGAAUGCGUGGCCUCCAGUAGCUUCAUCACACACAUGGAUUGGUCCAUUGACAGCAAGUAUCUACAGACCAAUGACGGCAAUGGUCGGCGGCUCUUCUACAGGAUGCCCAGUGGUAAGGAAGUGACCAACAGGGAAGAACUGAAGCUUGUCCAGUGGUCUUCAUGGACUUGUGUCCUCGGGCCGGAGGUGAACGGGAUCUGGCCUAAAUACUCUGAUAUCAAUGACAUCAACUCUGUAGAUGCCAACUUCAAUAGUCAAGUUUUAGUGACAGCAGACGAUUAUGGAUUAGUUAAAUUAUUUCGGUACCCAUGUGUAAGAAAAGGUGCUAAGUUUAAAAAAUAUUUAGGGCAUUCAGCACACAUAACCAAUGUCAGAUGGUCACAUGAUUAUCAGUGGGUGAUUACUAUUGGUGGAGCCGAUCAUUCAGUGUUCCAGUGGAAGUUUGUCCCCGAAAGGAAGUCAAAAGAAACUCUUCAUAUAGCUCCUCAAGAGACAUUAGUAGACUCACACAGUGAGGAAUCCGACUCGGAUCAGUCAGACGUGCCUGAGAUGGACUCUGAAAUCGAACAGGAGACCCAACUUACUUACCGACGACAGGUUUACAAAGAAGAUCUACCUCAGCUUAAAGAGCAGUGUAAGGAGAAGCAUCGUGCCAUGGCUAUGAAGAAGAGGGAAAGAGCUCCAGCAAGUGGAUUGAGGUUGCACUUUAUACAUGGUUACAGAGGUUAUGACUGCAGAAGUAACCUCUUCUACACUCAGACCGGUGAGAUUGUGUAUCAUGUGGCGGCUGUGGGAGUGGUGUACAACAGACAGCAGAACACACAGCGCUUUUACCUGGGCCAUGAUGAUGACAUCCUCUGUCUGGCCAUCCACCCCGUCAAAGACUAUGUAGCCACAGGCCAGGUGGGCCGUGAUUCUUCUAUUCAUAUAUGGGAAACAGAGUUUUUGAAGCCAUUGUCUGUUCUUAAAGGAUUCCACCAGUUUGGGGUGUGUGCACUUGACUUCUCAGCGGAUGGGAAGAGGCUGGCUUCAGUGGGUCUGGAUGACAAUCAUACCAUCGUCCUUUGGGAAUGGAGGAAAGGAGAGAAGCUCUCCACCAUCCGGGGAAGUAAAGACAAAAUAUUUGUCAUUAAAAUCAACCCGUAUAUGCCAGACAAACUGAUAACCGCUGGAGUGAAACAGAUGAAGUUUUGGCAUAGAGCAGGCGGUGGACUGAUUGGGAAGAAGGGCAGCAUGGGAAAAACCGAAACAAUGAUGAGCGCGGUAUACGGCUGGACGGAAGAAAUGGUGUUCUCAGGAACCUGCACUGGAGACAUCUGCAUCUGGAGAGACAUGUUCCUAGUGAAAACCGUCAAAGCUCAUGAUGGGCCUGUUUUUAGCAUGCACGCCCUGGAGAAGGGUUUUGUGACUGGUGGAAAGGAUGGAAUAGUGGCUUUGUGGGAUGACACAUUUGAGAGAUGCCUCAAGACGUAUGCCAUAAAACGAGCGGUGCUGGCCCCAGGCUCCAAAGGUUUGCUUUUAGAGGACAACCCCUCCAUUCGUGCCAUAUCUUUGGGUCAUGGGCAUAUUCUUGUAGGAACAAAGAACGGAGAGAUUCUGGAGGUGGACAAAAAUGGGCCCAUCACUCUUCUGGUUCAGGGCCACAUGGAGGGUGAGGUCUGGGGUCUUGCCACUCACCCGCAUCUGCCACUGUGUGCCACUGUGAGCGACGAUAAGACCCUGCGCAUAUGGGAUCUCUCCCCCAGCCACUGCAUGCUCGCCGUACGCAAACUCAAGAAAGGUAAGAAGAUGUUUACUAAUUACUCAUUAGAAUCUGCAGCUUUUUCCAUGUGGAAGCUUUUGCAGGUCAACACAUCGGCAAAGGAGCAGCUAUUUUUUGAGGCCCCUCGUGGGAAGAAGCAGACCAUUCCUGCUACAGAGGUGGACAAGAUCGACUGGAGCACAUGGACAUGUGUGCUUGGAAGUUCCUGUGAAGGAAUUUGGCCUGUGGUCAGUGAAGUUACCGAAGUUACUUCUGCAUGUCUUAGCAAUGACAGGAAGUUGCUAGCAACUGGGGACGACCUUGGAUAUGUCAAGCUCUUUAAACAUCCAGUCAAGGGAAAAUAUGCAAAGUUUAAGCAGUACAUGGCCCACAGUACCCAUGUGACUAAUGUGCGCUGGUCGCAUGACGACUCUUUUCUGGCGUCAGUCGGUGGCUCCGACACCUGUCUGAUGAUCUGGAGCCAUGAGACCGAGGGCCGCCGAGAGGCCAGACAGUGUGACAGCGAGGAGUCAGACAUCGAGAGCGAAGAUGAUGGAGGGUAUGACAGCGAUGUAACUCGGGAGAAUGAGAUCAUCUAUGUAAUCAAGGCCUUAUCCACAAACGUGCGACCCAUGACGGGGGUCAAACCCCACUUACAACAGAAGGAGCCGUCGGUAGACGAAAGGCAGGGCGUAGUCAGGGGCUCAAGACCCCCAGUGAGCAGGGCACCACCAAUGCCAGAGAAACUACAGACCAACAAUGUCGGCAAGAAAAAGAGGCCCAUUGAGGACCUGGUGCUUGAACUGGUGCUUGGUUACCGAGGCAACGACUGCCGUAACAAUGUGCAUUACCUUAAUGAGGGGGCGGACAUUAUUUACCACACUGCCUCAGUAGGGGUCGUCCUAAACUUAACAACAGCCUGUCAGAGUUUCUAUUUGGAACACAGUGAUGACAUUCUGUGCCUGACUAUUAAUCAGCACCCAAAGUUCCCCAACGUGGUGGCAACUGGCCAAGUAGGUGAUGCUGGUGACAUGUCAGCCACAUCUCCCUCUAUCCAUGUGUGGGAAGCCAUGAACAAACAGACCCUCUCUGUGCUGCGCUGCCAUCAUUCUAGGGGCGUUUGCUCUGUAAGCUUCAGUGCCACCGGCAAACUGCUGCUUUCUGUGGGUCUGGACCCCCAGCACACCCUCACCAUCUGGAAGUGGCGGGAAGGUGCCAAAGUAGCAAGUCGGGCCGGUCACACCCAGAGGAUCUUUGUGGCAGAGUUCCGGCCUGAUUCAGACACUCAGUUUGUGUCAGUGGGGAUAAAACACGUGCGGUUCUGGAUGUUGGCCGGCAGGGCCCUGCUCAGUAAGAAAGGAGUGCUCAGCUCCAUUGAGGAUGCCCGUAUGCAGACCAUGCUUUCAGUGGCCUUUGGAGCUAAUAACUUGACAUUUACAGGUACCAUUAGUGGAGAUGUGUGUGUGUGGAAGGAACACGUUCUAGUGAGAAUCGUGGCUAAGGCUCACACUGGACCUGUGUUCACCAUGUACACCACAUUACGUGACGGGCUCAUUGUGACGGGGGGCAAAGAACGACCGUCUAAGGAGGGUGGUGCGCUCAAACUGUGGGAUCAGGAGUUGAAGCGAUGCAGAGCCUUCAGAUUGGAGACGGGCCAGAUCAUAGACUGUGUGCGCUCUGUCUGCAGGGGCAAGGGGAAGAUUCUCGUAGGCACUCGGAAUGCUGAGAUCAUUGAGGUUGGUGAGAAGAACGCAGCAUGUAACAUUCUGGUGAACGGCCACAUGGAUGGUCCUAUCUGGGGACUGGGAGCUCACCCCACCCGAGACGUCUUCCUGUCUGCUGCUGAGGACGGCACUGUGCGCCUCUGGGACAUUUCAGAGAGGAAGAUGCUGAAUAAAGUGAACCUCGGUCAUCCUGCACGUGCGGUCAGCUACAGCCCAGAGGGCGACAUGGUGGCCAUCGGCAUGAAGAAUGGAGAGUUCAUCAUCCUCCUUGUUACCUCACUAAAGAUCUGGGGGAAGAAGAGAGAUCGGCGCUCUGCCAUACAAGAUAUCAGGUUCAGUCCAGACUCACGCUACCUGGCUGUGGGUUCCAGUGAGAAUGCAGUAGAUUUUUAUGACCUGACGUUAGGACCGCAGCUCAACCGCAUCAACUGCUGUAGGGACAUCCCUAGCUUUGUCAUGCAGAUGGACUUUUCUGCUGACAGCUGCUAUGUGCAGUUGUCUACUGGUGCUUAUAAACGUGUAGUCUAUGAGGUGCCUUCUGGGAAGCAAGUCACUGAGCAAGCAGUGAUAGACAGAAUAACCUGGGCCACAUGGACAAGUGUCCUCGGGGAUGAGGUGGUGGGGAUCUGGUCCAGGAACACAGAUAAGGCAGAUGUAACCUGCGCUUGUGUGUCUCACUCCGGCCUCAACAUUGUCACAGGCGAUGACUAUGGAAUGGUAAAGCUGUUCGACUUUCCGUGUCCAGAGAAAUUUGCCAAACACAAACGUUUUCUGGGCCACUCUGCCCACCUGACCAACAUCCGCUUCACCAACGGGGAUCGCUUUGUCGUCAGCGCCGGAGGCGAUGAUAGAAGCCUGUUUGUAUGGCGGUGUGUUCACGCUUCUCACUGAUGGCAUGCAGUCUCCUCUCCUCUGCCUCAAAACAUCACAAGCCCAGCUGACAGCACGAGUGAACCGACUCGUGGAAUGAGGAACAUCAGGCGGUGGAUUUCACAGAGUUUUCUCCACCCGUCUGCUCCGUGACCGGAUGCAUGCGUCUUUAUGAGCCGUCACCCAUACCUGAACUCAAGCGUUUCUGAAUGAUAGUUGGGUCAAGGUGUCACAUGACCCAGCGUACAGUAAAAGAUCUAUCAGAUGUGUAUGUGUUUACCCCCUUUUGUUUUGUUUUUUUAAAAAAUCCUGAGCUACAAGUUGCAGAACGUAAUUUAUUUUGGAGUCCAUCUGUAUCAAUGUUUUUAAGAAUUUCUUCCAAAUGAAAAAGAACUUGUAGCAAGCUAAAUACGAUUAGCCUUAAACUACGCGUGUUUUUGUUCAUUUAGGUGUGUUUUUCUGUUGGAGAUUCUGUUUUUUUUUUUAUUAUAACCUGAUUGUUUUCCGUUGUAUUUCUGUUGGUUUGGUUUGGUGGAUCUUUUUGAGGUUUAUUAGAUCUCCUGUGGCCUUCUCCCUGAAUGUAACACUGGCGUUAUAUUCUAGGAUGUCAGCAUGCCAAAGCAUUCUAUGCACUGUAUACUUGACCUGCUCACUGUGGUAGUCCAGUGGUCUGUUAAUGUCGAUCUUGAACGUGCUCUCCCUAAACCGUAGAUGACACUCCUAACCUCAUAUGUAGCAACUUUAGCUCGAUUAGUGAACUUGAGAUGUCCGUUUGUGCGUCUGUGCGAGUAGGUAUGAACCGUAUGCUUUGUGUUUCAUGUCUGAGAUUGAAGUUUAAAAGAAAAAAUGGUAAUGCAAUCCCUCAGAAAAUGAAUGAAGAGUUUGUUUCAAUGCUGUCUUAUCUGAAAUCACUGUUCAUCUUGCUGCUGAAGCCUUUACAACAUCACAUUCAUUCUGAUUAGGAUUUUUUUUAGUGUUGUUUUUAUUUUCAUUUUACUCAGCUGGAUUGUCAAGGCUCAGAGUGAACUGAAGAUAUGAAAUGCAGCGUUCUCUCCUUCAGUAUCAUUCCGAUUGAAAGAGAUGUGCUUAAUUCAUAUUUUGAUUUUCUUAUCAAUGUAAAUAUCAUUUGUAAAGACAUUCUUUUGUAUAUUUUUGUGAAAUGUUUCUUAAAAGCCAAAUUUAAUAAAAAAAAAACACGUACAUAUACGGAGUUCUGACAUGAAACUCUCGAUGUUGCAGUCCGAUAGGUCUAGCUCAAUCUGACCUGGCGACAUCAUUGUCACAUGGC